CUUGUAUCUCAACUUGGUGAGAGUAGAUAGUAUUGGAAGAUCUGUGAGGUUCCUGUGUCUCUACAGAUUCCUGAAAGAAGAAUGUCUUUGGCCAAUGGUUCUUCAGUAACUGAAUUUAUUCUCAUGGGCUUAACAGACCAGCCUGAACUCCAAAUGCCCCUCUUCUUCAUUUUUCUAAUAACAUAUAUGAUAACUGCAAUUGGAAAUUUGUCCUUGAGCAUUUUAAUUUUGUUAAAUUCUCAUCUCCAAACACCCAUGUACUUUUUUCUCUUUAACUUGUCCUUCAUAGACCUCUGUUAUUCUUCUUUGAUUACACCCAAAAUGCUGAUGAACUUCAUACUAGAGAAGAACAUUAUCUCUUACAUGGGGUGCAUGACUCAGUUCUACUUCUUUGGCUUUUUUGCAAUUUCUGAAUGUUAUGUGUUGACAGCAAUGGCCUAUGAUCGCUAUGUGGCCAUCUGCAAUCCACUCUUGUAUAGUGUUGUCAUGUCUCCAAAGAAAUGUUCCUAUCUUAUGCUUGGUUCAUAUUUGAUGGGACUUUCUGGUGCCAUGAUCCACACUGGUUGUGUCCUGAGACUGACCUUCUGUGAUAGGAACAUCAUCAAUCACUAUUUCUGUGACCUCCUCCCUUUACUGCAGCUCUCCUGCACCAGCAUCUAUGUCAAUGAGAUAGAACUGUUCAUUGAAACAGGAAAAGACAUCAUUGUGCCCACAGUCGUCAUCUUUACCUCUUAUGGCUUCAUCCUCUCCAGCAUCCUCAAAAUACAAUCCACUGCUGGCAAGUCCAAAGCCUUCAGCACUUGCAGUUCUCACAUAAUAGCGGUUUCUAUGUUCUUUGGGUCAAGCGCAUUUAUGUAUCUCAAACCCUUUUCAGCUGUAUCUAUGGAUGAGGCAAAGUUCUCUUCCAUAUUUUACAGCAUUGUGGUUCCCAUGAUGAACCCUUUAAUCUACAGCUUGAGGAACAAAGAUGUCAAAGUUGCUUUGAAAAAAACCCUGAACAGAAUGUUUUGUCACAAUCUAAUCUCCAUAUAG